AUGUCCAAGUUCUGCCGCUGCUACAAGCCGUGCUACGCCGACUGCCGGAAGGACACCCCGCCUUACCCCUGCAACUUCGGGUGCCUCCAGGACUGCUUCAACAACGCCCUGCUGCCGCCGGCGCGUCCGACGUCCCCCGCCGACUGCAACCGCAUCUGCCUCAUACGCGUCUGCGGCGUCAUGACUCAUGAGCACCGCCUCCAUGACGGUGGCAGGUGA